AUGACGGCGAGACGAAAACGAUCAGGUCGGAUUUCGAGAAAACCAAAGCUGCGGGGUGCGAAGAAGCAAGUCAGACCUAUUGAAGAAGAACAAGCACAUACGUGUCUGAAAGGCCACGAUAACGCUGGCAUGGAUGACUACGAUUACCCAUCGAUUGGUGGCAAACGAGUGUGGAAGCAAAAAUGUGGAAGCGUCGACUGGGGAGGUGCAAACCACAUUGGAGACCCCAAUGCCUGGGUGUCAACGAACCUAACGCAGCCGACAGUGCAGGACUAUUGCAUACGAUUCCGCAAUGCUGAUCAGCUUGCUGAUUGGGUGUACAAUGCUGUUAAGCACCAACCGAUACAGCUAAGUCUGAAUGGCAGCGAGCGCAGCAAAGAAGUGCGGGAUGUUCUGCUGCGACAGUUUCAUCGCUGGCCGGCGAUGAAACUUAGCCGCGCAGAAGAGCAAUGUCAGGAGCUGAGUAAGCAAGCUGAGAAGCGAUGUCAGGACCAGGUACAGCUGUACAUUCACGAGCUCGGAGGAAAAUUGCUGGCCGGUGCCAAAGCCCUCUUCUGGCUCAAUGUACUGCAUCCGAUGAUUCAUACAGCGGCCGUGUCACGUCAGGAAUCUCAAGAAGUGCUGUCGCUAUUUUUGGACGAGCUCAGAAGUGUCGACGGAGUGUACGAAAAGUUGACGACGAAAAAUGCGUUUACUUGGGACGUUCUGACGCUACCGUUCAGACUCGAGCCGCUGUUUCAUGGUGUAAGCACGUUGGCACUAGCAGGCCACGAGGUUGCUACAAAUGAGGCGGUACGGCUAGUGACAGCAUUUGCUGAGCAGUAUGCUCUCGCCGAGAGAAAGAACGCCACAGUUCCGACAGGGUUAUCGAUUGUAGCUUCUGUGGGUAAGCUUGCUCCGCUGAAAAUCUCCAGCUUCGAGGAACUGCCGCAGACACUACGUGGGUGCCUUGUGCAACCAUUCGCAGCAGUCACGGGGAAAUGGUUAUCGGUUGUUGGUGAAGUUUUAGAAGUUCUAAAUCAAUCUCUUACGAGUAGGUGGGUGUCGCGCGAACGAUCACCUUACGAGAAAGAGCGCAAGGAUACAAUUGAGCGUGUCCUUCAAAGCGACUUUGACCGGCUCAACCAUGCAUUGGCGACAGACCAACUGUACGUGGUGAGUAAAGCUCGAAAAGACAGGUCGAGUGCCGGUGACGAGUGCUUGGAUGUCCACAUUUUGUGCGACCGCGGGCCGUUGUGUGUACAGCUAAACCGUGGCAACGGGUGGAUGUAG